CAAUGUUAUGUCAUUGUUUACGUACAGUUUCUGUCUGUAAAGAACGAGUCAAUGAAACGCCAAAUAAAUAAAAGGACGCUGGUUUGAACUGAACUGACAGCAGAUGACAGAUGCUUACUGAACAAAACUGCUGGUACCCCCUGCUGCUACGCUGCUCUAGUUGGCUGACUGGAUAUGUACAGGCUGACACAUCUAGCAACACCUCCAGGUGUGCUUAUGAGCUACACACCAAAGACAACAGAAACAAACUAAAAAGGAACUGUGAAAUGAAGGCAUUGUCUGCAUCUUGAGAAGAGGAUUUCUAACCAACAAGAAGACUACUCAAUAAUUGACUUUUGUAAAAGAUGUUCCCCUGGUCAGCAGUGUUUUCUCUGGAGCCGAAAGUGCCUGGACAGCGUACGGCAGAAGAACUAGUCACCAACACCCUGAUGCUGGAGCUGGGUGCCAUGGUGAAGCGCACCGAACGUAUCCGCCUGGAAAGGGUGACAAAAGAGGGCCGGCGCCGGCGCAGCUCUUCCUCCGCUGACUACAGCUGGCUGGCCACUGCCCCCACCCACCAACCCUAUGAGCUGACCCCCCGAGACCUGAUAGAACUGCAGGACCUGUGCGCCAGGGUGCCACCGUCUCAGUGUGGCCCUGUCAUUGUUAGGUUCAGGAAUCUGGUGACGGAGAUUGAGCCGGAGGUUCACGAGGUGGCUCGUCUGUUCCGCACAGUUCUACGUGACUGUGUGGAGGGAGAAGAGGAGAACGAGGAGAUGAGGAUGAGGUCAGCCGGCUGGGACAAACAACGCAGCAAGAGCCUCUCCUUUGUAACCUUCCGCUCCAAGUUCCGCCCCGCUCCCUUCAGGGGUGGGGGCCUGGGCGGGUCACGUGGCAACCUGCAGGAGGAGUCGAGCUGGUACGAGGAAGACGAGGUGGAGCCCCAGGAGGGAGCAGCAAAUGUGGCGAGAGCGGCCAGGAAGGGGAGGAGCAUGAGCAUGCCUGAUAUCACCCCCAUCGAACAGAGUGCACUUGGCUGAGGGAGGGAUGGAGAAAGAGAAUAGGAGAUGAGAGAUUGAUAGGGGAGAAGGUCAAGAUGAGAU